ACUUAUGUUGCCAUCGACGUCUGUCUUUCUCAGGCUGCUGUAGAGGGCUACGUCGAUGUGCCUGGUGUCGUGGCUCGCCUACGUCGCCAGCGUGCCUGUUGUAUUCAGGUCGGCAAGCAAUAUGUCUUCGUCCAUCUUGCUUUGGCUAAGCGCCUCUCUCAAAUGAUGACCACUAAAUCAACGGACAGCUGCAAAAUCUCAGCGCCCAACCCAUGA